GAUUCCUGUGAAGCAUUGCUCAGGAGGGCAGGAUUACCUUGGAGCAGGUAAUCCUGGAUGCGGGCCGCACACCAGUGCUAGGAGUGGGUGCUUUCCAGAAGUGCUGUGAGCCCCGCUCCUCCUGGGUGGUGUGGCCCGCUUGCCCCUGACAUCAGGAAGAGCUCGGGUGCCGGCUGCCCCCCACACGACUCAGGGACAGGGCAGCAUGAGCGGGGCAAGACACGUGGGCAAGAUCCAGAAACGCCUGGAAGAGGUCAAGAGCCAGCGGGUCCGGCCAGCCAGGGCUGACUUCAGUGACAAUGAGAGUGCCCGGCUGGCCACAGAUGCCCUCUUGGAUGGGGGUCCCGAGGCCUACUGGCGGGUGCUCAGCCAGGAAGGCGAGGUGGAUUUCUUGUCCUCGGUGGAGGCCCAGUACAUCCAGGCCCAGGCCAAGGAGCCCCCCUCUGCCCCGGAGCCCCCAGGAGAGGCCGCGGCAGGUUCCAAGGGACUCGAUUCCUGCUCCGUGGCCUCAAGUACCUACUUCCCUGUGGCCUCAGAGGGCAGCGAGCCGACCUUGCUGCACACCUGGGCCUCAGCUGAGAAGCCCUACCUGAAGGAAAAGUCCAGCGUCACUGUGUACUUCCAGACGGACAAGCGCAACAACAUCAGGGACCUCAUCCGCCGCUGCAUCACCCGGACCAGCCAGGUCCUGGCCAUCCUGAUGGAUGUGUUCACAGACGUGGAGAUCUUCUGUGACAUCCUAGAGGCGGCCAACAAGCGCGGGGUGUUCGUCUGUGUGCUCCUGGACCAGGGAGGCGUGAAGCUCUUCCGGGAGAUGUGUGACAAAGCCCAGAUCUCUGACAGUCACCUCAAGAACGUUUCCAUCCGGAGCGUGGAAGGAGAGGUGUACUGCGCCAAGUCAGGCAGGAAGUUCGCCGGCCAAAUCCAGGACAAGUUCAUCAUCUCGGACUGGAGAUACGUCCUGUGCGGAUCGUACAGCUUCACCUGGCUCUGUGGGCAUGUGCACAGAAACAUCCUCUCCAAGUUCACGGGCCAGGCAGUGGAGCUGUUUGACGAGGAGUUCUGCCACCUCUACGCCUCCUCCAAGCCCGUGAUGGGCCUCAAGUCGCCCAGGCCGGCCGCACCCCUCCAGCCCAGAGCAGCCCCCGGCCCCCGACCCGGCCGCCUCAGUGGCAGUAGCUGCUCCACCAGCGACGGCACGUCCUCCAACCCCUUCAGCAGCCUGUCGACAGGCAGCAACCCCCAGAACCGGAGUCUGUCCACGUCCUCGGGGCCCGGCAGCCCCCUGGUCCCAAACCCACCUCUGGCCCCUAGGUUCCAGCCCUAUCAUGGCCCUUGGAGGGCCCUGACCUCACAGGCCCACUUCUCCCCGAGGCCCCAUGAUGGCCUGUUCGCUCUCUACAGCAACCUCAAUGGCUACAGGCCUACGCGGCUGCAGGUCGAGCAGCUUGGCCUGGUGCCCAGGGUGGCCCACACCUGGAGGCCCUUUCUACAGGCCUCCCCGAAUUUCUGAAGGGUCCCUUCCUCCAGCUGACCUCCCCAGGGCCAAAGCUGGGCAUUCUUGGAUUUUCUGGCUCAAGGACCCUACCUUAAUCAGUGGCCCUUUGAACUAAAGGCACUUGGACGAAACCAUUGCCUGUGUUUGAAUGUUCCCAGGCCUCAGACGGUUCGCUUCCUGACCCCCACACUUCCCUGGGUUCCCCUCUCUAGUAUGGCCUAUGCAGCACAUUCCAGAAGUUUCCAGGGAGGUGGCGGGCAGGGAGCUAGAGGACAAAAUCAUGAAAAUAGAGCCCCUUUCUCCAAAGAGCAGCCAGUGCUUUCAUAUUAACAUUUUCCAAAUCUCUGUAAUGUGAGAAGGGGCUGAUGCAGCCCGAGUUUUACAUAUGGAUAAACUGAGGCACUGAGAGCCAGGGGGUAGGUGUGACCAAGGUACUCCUGUGUCCCAGUGCCCAGGGGUGGUCUGCUCCCCAGAGAUUCUGGAGAGACAGAUUCAGGAGUAAGUAUGGGGACAUUCUAGAUGUUCCUGGGAGGGGAGGUAAACUCCUCCUCCCUGGAAGAGCAUAAUACUAGAGUAUCCCCGGCCCGAUGAAUGAGGGAUGAGGCCCCAGAACCUGCCACUGUAAGUUAUGUGUGGCUGGUUGAAAGGGUGGCCACCAAGGGUGGAGCAAACCAAGGUAUCUAGGGGAUGGACAUGGACAAGGCAGUUGGGCAGCUCAGGUUUUUGCUCUGAAGAGCCUUGGGCUGGCCUGGAGGUCCCUGGAGUCUGGGCUGGAACCCAGGGGUUUGAGUUGUCAGAUCUGGGAAUGGCCCUGCAGCAGUGCUUCAGGAAGCCUUGAGCAACCA